AUGCCCCCUGCGCCGGAACCCAAAAACACACCUGCGCCUAUGGGAGACAUUCGAUCAAAACUAGGUGCUCAAGCGAAACCUCGUGAUAAUGGAUCUCCUUGUCCUACCCGUGAAACACCGGAGGCUUCUUCAGAUAGGAGAGAAAAUCUUUCUACUCACCCUGAACUUGAUCCCGAAACUCUGGCUGCAUUACCAGAGGAUAUUCGCAAGGAGGUUCUAGAACAUUACAAUCAGAUGUCUGCGCAAUCUGAGUCAACUUCACCACCAGCCCCUCCGCCAUCGUCGACGCCAAUGCGGCCAUCUCCGUCGCAAAUAGCAGGAUCCAAAAGAUCUGCUUCGCCACUGAGGAAACCUAGUCGGCCAUCUAAAUCCGGAACGGGCUCUACGAGGACAUUGAUGCAAUUGGGAUUUGUUUCACGGCAACCCACUACCUCGACCCCUGAUAUUAAUUCCACGCCCAAGCACUCAACAGUAUCAGCAACACAGCCACAACCAUCAUUACCUGUACCCAUUUCAAAUGAACAGAGUCCCCAUUCUGAAAAACAAAACCUCGACAAAGAUACAAAUGAAACCAAAUCCGACCCAUCUGAUCGACCUGUCUUCACAUCUAAGGGACUAUCAAAUAUAGAUGAUCUUCGCGACGCCAUUAGUGCCUGGCAUUCAGCAUUUACAGUUGAUGGACCAUAUAAAGACGAUGUGGAGGCACUUUGCACAUAUCUCCGCCGAGUGACUACAGAAGAGAAGGAUGUUGAUAAGGCUGUAUCGGUAGUUCGUUGGCUUAUGUGGCUUGUUGAUCAAGAUUCUCGUCAAGGGGAGAAGGAUUCGAAGAGUCAGGUUGAAGAGGAUGUUGUUACCUGGCCGGAUGCUAUUCGAACUAUGCAAAGUAGUGUACAGUCUGCGUUGGAAGCAAGAGGGUUACCUGUGGUCAAGUUUGAAUAG